UUCCACGCCCUUAUAAAGAAUGUUUCGUUCUUCUUCCUAAUCGACGUGGGAUCUCACACCUUCUCUCGACUCUCAAAUGCCACAAGAAACCUCAUUAUGAUGCCAAUUUCUUCUUUAUAUCAGAGCUCUCUAAGUGUUCUUUCUCUGCUGCAAUUCAGUGAUGCCUUCUGUUCUUUCAAACCAUGGCUGCUUCUAUGCCUUUAGAGCAUGCUUGGCUGUGCCAAAGGGACUUCAGAAAUUGGCCCUGUAAUCAACUACAACAGCCUCCGCAGGUAAAACGAGCCCGGUUCUCACCCGCGCGGUUGUUCGUAUUUCAUUUUCUUCUUCCAAGUCAAUCCCUUCUUAGAAAACACUCGCUGUGUCACUCAAAUCUCCCUCAACACCAAGAAUUUGUUAUGUUUUCAGGUCGAUAAGAGGUUCGGCUUCCUUCUCUCCACCUUUUAGCAUUAUGGGCUCCUCAAAAAACAAAGAAAAGAAAUUAGGUCAUCUUUUCCGAGAGAAGCCGUCUUCUCACAGGCCAACAGUCUGAUACUUCUAGUCAACUGCUUUAUAACAGGCUUCUCCGUUCUUGAGCUCUACUCGCUCGUAUACACUCCAAUCCUGCAAGUAAUAAUGAUUUACAUAUGUGUGUAUGCAAGACCGCUCCUGUAGUUUAAGGCAGAUACCAGGAGAACUUAUCGAACGAGAUUAGAAUAAAGUGAUCUGGUGAUUUUACACUUUUGGAUGUACGAGAUGGGGAAUGAUCUAAACCAAGAGCUAUCAAAGACAACAAGCAUACUUGGUCUAAAGGUAUGGGAAGUCAUUGGAAUUGGAGUAGGACUAUUCAUAAUCUCAAUCCUUUGCAUACUCUCAUUCUUUUUAACCUCAAGCAACAAGAACUCAAGAACAUCAUCAUCAGCAGCCAACGCCAACACCAACACCUUAUGUCCUCUAACACAAAUCCCAUCACAUUCAAAGGACAUAAAGGCAGUUCAUAUCACCACUUACAGCACUGAAUCAGGAUCAUCAUUUCCUCCAUUGAGCUAUGGCUAUGGAUCACAAUCAGGGGAUGAAGGCAGCUCUGGCACCGUCACGACGACGACAAUGAACCGACGUUCGACGUCGCCACUGUCGGGUCUGCUAGAGAUGUCGCGAUUGGGAUGGGGGUAUUGGUUUACAUUGAGGGAGCUGGAUUUGGCUACUAAUUUGUUCUCAGAAGAGAAUUUGAUUGGAGAAGGAGGGUAUGGAGUUGUGUAUAAAGGGAGGUUGUUGAAUGGGAUAUCAGUGGCUGUUAAGAAGAUUUUUAAUGGACAAGGCCAAGCUGAGAUGGAAUUUAGAGUGGAAGUUGAGGCAAUUGGGCAUGUUAGGCAUAAGAAUCUUGUUCGUCUUUUGGGGUACUGCAUCGAAGGGACUGAUCGGAUGCUGGUGUAUGAGUACAUAAACAAUGGAAGCUUAGAGCUAUGGCUACAUGAAGGAAUGGGAGAGAAUAGAUACCUUACAUGGGAGGCUCGAAUGAAGAUCAUGUUGGGGACAGCCAAAGGGCUUGCAUACUUGCACGAAGCCAUUGAGCCAAAGGUGGUGCAUCGAGACAUCAAAGCUAGCAACAUACUAAUAGAUGAAAACUUCAAUGCCAAAGUAUCCGACUUCGGGUUGGCAAAGUUGAUGGAGGUCGGAAAGACUCAUGUUACGACUCGAGUUAUGGGGACAUUUGGGUAUGUGGCUCCCGAGUAUGCGAAUACUGGACUUUUGAAUGAGAAGAGCGAUGUGUAUAGCUUUGGAGUUGUAUUGGUGGAAACAAUCACAGGAAGAGAUCCUGUUGACUAUGGACGUCCGCCCAAACAGGUAAACGUGGUGGAUUGGCUGAAAAUGAUGAUCGGAAGUAAACGAUGUGAAGAAGUGGUGGAUCCAAAAAUAGGGAUCGAAGGAAGGCCAUCCACAAGAGGGUUGAAAAGAGUUCUAUUGGUUGCAUUGAGGUGUGUGGAUCCAGAUUACGAGAAGAGACCAAAGAUGAGCCAAGUUGUUCGGAUGCUCGAAUCUCAAGAUAGUUCUUCUCAUACACGUUCAAAACAGUAGUCACAUUCACAUUAUUGGUAUAUAUAAUAUGUACGUAAGUAUGUUUUUUUUUUCCUGUAACUAUUUCAAUUCAAUUCACUUCGAGGAAAGAUUUCAAUCGAGGACGUGGGUCGUCACUAAUAAUAACAAUGAAAGAGCUAUACGCAACAAGAAUGGAGCACUGUAGGCUGCAAAAUUAUGUUCGAGUUUAAUGUUUGUGAAAUCAAUCGACCAGAGUUCCAAACUCGACGAUGAUGUUAGCAUUGGGUAGUUGAUUAGGGUUUCAUCUCUAAUAAUGUUUUUUCUUAAGUACGAUGUUAGCAUUGUGUAGUCGAUUAGAGUUCAUCUUUAGUAAUAAUUUUCUUUUCAGGUCGUCGUAAUUUUUUUUUUU